AUGAAGUUAUUAAUUGUAUUGUUAAUAAUAUUGUCAUUGUUAUCUUUACCGACGACAUUUGGACAAGAACAACAAUUGGGUGAUGCAGAGGUUGGCGAUACAAUCUCUGUAAAGUCAAAGAAAGUUGAGACUUUGUAUAAAUUCCAAGUCGAUGGCACUCUAGUCGACAAGCCCAAGAUAUCAUUCUCACUCUCACGUGGAUCAGCCCAAUACAAAGAUAUCAUUCGUCAAGAUGAUGGAACCAACAACUUCACCAUCGAUGACUUACUAACAUUGUCAUCAGCAAAUAAGCUGGCUGGACAGUUCUCUUUUGUAACAUUGCUUUGUUUGAUGGUGUCCUUCACUUUCACAUCCAAUCAGAGCACUCCAUCAAGGAUGCUCUCAACAAUGUUGGUGCUGACAGCUCUUUCAACAUUCGUCUUGGCAAUCAAUCUGGAUGAGUUGACCGUCGUCGUGACUAUCCGUGUGCCCACUGGUUAUGUGUUCAAAUCGAUCAAUUUGGAUACGGGCAAGGGCAGCCUCGACAUGUCUGGCCUUCAAGCCACAACGAUCAAGGUCAACGCGUGCAAUGGAUUCGACUUCCCCAUCUCGUUCAAUGGACUAUCCGUCACCAACCUGGACCUGUGCUCGCAGUCACCAGUCGUGCUGGCCAACUUCCAGACGACAACAAACGCCAACGUCAAGGUCACCACACCCGAGACCGUGAACGUCCAGUUCAUGACCGGAUACCACGGCUCCCUGUCCAUCACUACGGCCAAGGACGUCAAGCCUCUGAUAAAUGGUACAUGCACAAUGACCGAGACCCCAUCUGACACCACCCUGGUCACUGCUGGCUCAUGUGGCAGUGCUUCAUCAUCAAUCAAUCUGCGUGGUGAUAAGGGAGUCUCUUUCAUCGCCGUCGAGACUUGUCCACUCGACUCCACUUGGAGGGAUGCUGCGCCAGCCGCUGACGGCCCCGCCUCACCCGCCUUCUCCACCAUGUCGCCAGCCUAUGUCAUCAACAUGCCAUCUUACAACGACUGGCACUACAACAACUGGUUGGGCGCACUCGUCUCUUACGUCCAGACUCCCGCUGGCGCCAUGCUCGGCAGCAUCGACGUGGGUAACGCACUCAGUGUCACCCAGGUCAAGUGGCAGUCGUCUGACUUUGUGAUGAUGUCGAUGAACCGCGACUUCUACCUGCGCAAGGGUUACUCAUACAAGAUCGAAGUGGACCUACUCACUUCCGUAGCCGAUCUCAAGGUGUACAACCUGUCUGUGUGCACCUUCCCCUUCUACAACGUGUCUCGCGAUAAGGUCUACUUUGAGGAUGGCGUCGUGGAGGCUGGCGAGUGUCAGGCUUUCACUCAAACAGGCACCAACCUCGCCACCAACACUGCAUGGACCUCGGUGAGCAUGACCUUUGUGCCAACCAAGGAGGCACCAGUCACACCAAUUGGCCUGCGUCUCAAGUCCAAGCCACCCGGCUUCAACUCCACAGUCUACUUCCGUAACAUGCGCUUCACAGCAAUGCCAGCAGCCGUUGUUCAGCCAACUCUGCUCUCCAAGGAUUCAAUGUUGGUCACGUUGCCCAAGGCUACGAGCGGACUGACGCCUCAGGACAGGAGCACAUGUCCACAUCUCCAGAGUGGCCUGGUUCACUGGCACGACCCUGCCACAUGGGGCGGAGUCAUCCCAUCUCCAUCAUCAAUCAUCACGUUGCCCGAGAACACCAAGGUACUCAUCUCAUCAUGUUCAAUCGUGCGUGGCGUCGUAUACCAAAAGAUCGUCAUCCCGGCCACCUCCCAACUCAUCUUCUCCGACUCCUCAUACUCAAUGAGCAUCCACGACAUUGACGUCCGCGGCCAACUGCUCAUGGGUUCAAGCGCAUGCCGUAUGAAUGGUAACAUCGAGCUGGUGUUCAGCGGUUCAUACACUGCGGGAGACACCAUCUCACCUCGUAUGGGCAGCAAGGGUAUUGCCGUGGCCAAGGGCGGCUACAUCAGUGUUCAAGGCAAGCAGUACUACAAGACAUGGUCGCGUCUGGCUGCCAGCGCCUACGCCUUCGAGUCCACAAUCUACCUGCAGGACAAUGUUAACUGGGAGCCCGGCCAACAGGUGUUCAUCACCACGUCCAAGUACCAGGACGAGCGCAGCCCACAGAAUGAGGUGCGCACAAUCCGUGCCGUCUCCAAUAACAUCGUCGAGUUCACUGAGCCCCUCCGCUUCUUCCAUUAUGGAGGACAGGAGUACCAAGCCGAGGUCGGUCUGCUGUCACGUCGUAUAGUGUUCCGUGGCGACAACGACUCUGAUGCCGCUGGCUUUGGUGGCCACGUCCUGACCAUGAGCAACGGUCAGUUCGCUGGUAUCCAACUAAUCAAGAUGGGUCAGACCAACCUCAAGGGUCGCUACCCACUGCACUUCCAUCUCGCCAACUAUGUGACCAACUCAUACAUCUCGGACUGUUCAACUCAACAAUCAUUCUACCGCUGCUACACCAUCCACGGCACCCACAACCUGCUGCUCACACAGAAUGUUGCGUACGACACAUUGGGUCACUGCUACUACAUUGAGGACGGUGUCGAGGAGAACAACACUAUCUCCUACAACUUGGCCGCAUACGUACACACCAUUGGCCGCCCAGCCAACGGUGCUGCCAAUGGCCAGAUCGGAGAGUACAUUAAUCAGACCGCCUCGCUCACUCAACCCGCCGACGCCGCCGCCGGCUGCUACUACAUCACCAACGCCUACAACACAAUCAUUGGUAACGCUGCCUCGGGUGGCUGGGCCUCGUACUCCUUCCCCAACCUGCAAUUCCCCGUGGGUAACUACCGCAACCGCACUGACAUCAAGCCCGAAUCGAGAGUCACACUCAAGUUUGACGGCAACACUGCACACUCGUCCGGUUACUUCUUCGAGUCGUUUGGCGCCUGCGUCUACUGUGGUGGUCGCCUUUACUACAGGGACAACACGACCGAUCUCCUCACCUACAUCUCUGGCCGCCAGGACCGUGACACAACCGACGCAGCUGGCAACAAACUGUUCAUGCAAUGGACCAACAUGAAGGUAUCGCUGUGCCAGGGUGGCAUUGGACAUUGGGGCAAUGAGAUUGAGAUCAACGGCUACGAGUCGCACGACAACCAGAUCUCGGGCACAGUGUUUGGCUCGGCUUGGCUCAACAACGCCAUUGUUAACGCCUUCUCAGACAACCCAGUGGACCAACGUCGCGACCAAUACUACGGCACGACCAAGCGUCAGGGCUUCCAGUUCUACGACACGGUCACUCACACAGUUAUCACCAACAUCAACUUCCGCAACUUCCAGCACGACGCCAGCGCCAGCACACCAGAGGAAGAUAACGCCGUGAUCGUGUCCAUGACUCACAGUGAUCAGUUCAAGCCACAACAAAUCUCUGCCACCAAGGGUAUCACAUUCACGAAUGUGCAGAUGUCUCAGCGCAUCGGACAUUAUGUGCGCGAGACAGGAUCCAGUCGCUACUUCAACUUUAUAGACUGGGAUGGUUCCAUUGUCGGCGAGUCGACCCCCCAGAUCGUUGGUUCGUCGCUCUCCUGGUGGAACUUCAACAGCGCAUGCAAGUACAACGCUGACUGGAAGGUGCACUACUGUCCAUUGGGCAGCAACAUGGUCGGCAACAUCGAGUUUGAGUCACCGGGCAUGACAUACGCCGGCAGCACCAACAACGUGCUGGGCAACUCGUCUUUGUUCGGACCGAACUUGCCAGCCGGUGGCCAGACAGCCAUCUUCACCAGCAACCCUGGUAUCACGGGCAUUCUCGAUCUGGGAUGGUUCCUGAACUUUGACAACCUGGUCUCACCCUCCAAGUUCACGUUGGACAUCCGUCAAAUCCCAUUCGGACAUUACAUCCUACUUGCCAUACCAUACCCUGCCUCGUCAACAUUCUCUGGUACCGCAGACUACAAUUGGCUCUCCAACAAAAAGACACUGACUGCUGCCACAUCAGUUGCCCAGGUACUCUCUGGCACAGGCAGACUCUACUACUUUGAUGGCAGCAACCUAUUCAUCAAGCUAGUCAACCCAGCCUGGACUGGCGCACCCGAGGAGGCAUUCACCAGAGGAGGUGUAUCAAUCAAUGACUUGUACUGGAGCUACACGUAUUCUGUCACAGCCACCUGCCCAACAUCUGAUUGCAAGCGUACCAAUGCUGGUGUUCUCCCAACAUGGCCCACUGUAUAG